AUGAUUUAUUUAGCAUUUAAACAAAUAGGUGCGAAACAAGGAUAUUCACUUGUCAAUGGCCUUGCGUUCAUCCCUUCAUGUUUUUUUGGUAUCAAUGCUCUUCUUCUUUCAAUCGUCGCAAUUGUUUCCGUCAAUCCGAUUAUUAUUUUUAUCGGUCUUGUCAUUUGUUCGGAUACUCUUUCGAUUACACCUUCUCGACAUUAUCCUGACUGUCUCUUUGGUCUCAUGUCAGUUGUUGCCGAUUGCGCGAAAGGAACCAUUGUUAGUGCUGUGACCAAUGCUUAUUCGAAAUUUCUUCCUAAUAACGCAAAUCUCGAUGGAAAUAUCAGUUCAUUGAUAACGAGUUUUUCAUGUCGCGGUUUCUCGAAUUUCUCGGGUGGUAGUCUUCUCCAAUCGAUAUUUUCUCUUUUUGGUUUGAUUGACGCGUCAACAGUUGGAUUAUUAAUUCAUGAAAAUGACGAUGGAUGGAAAUUUACUGUCGCAUACAGUAUGAUGGCGGUCUUCUUUCUUUGCUUAGAAUUGGGUCAACGACAUAAAUGGAUAAAACAAGCGAAUCAAUCUCCUGAUGAAGAGCCGUCAAACAAAAACACUAAUGAAAGUGAUCUUUAA